AAAUAUUGCCCACCCCUGCUCUAGAGCAAAAAAUAAGCAAUAUUUUGUAGAUAAUGUUACAUGCCAACAGUCAAUAUUAUUUAUUUACUCUUAAUAAUACUUUUCUUUUGUAUAUGGUUAAUAACUCUUCCAUUGGUAAAAUCUGUCUCUAUUCUGUUCACAUUUCUUAUCUGAUGUCAGUUUUGUAGUUUAAAAAUGUACUUGUACAGAAAUACUAAAUCUUGGGAAAAUUAAAAACAAUUUAUGUGUGUAAAUAGUUAUACUAUACUCUCAUUUAAAGAUAUUAACUGUGUUUCUCCAAGAGCUCAGAUUAUUAUGAUAUACACGGAAUUACAAGUGUCAUUGUUUGCUAGUUGAAACAAACAUUGUUUGCUAGUGUUUCACCAGUUGCCGAGCAACCAAAAGACUCUUUGCUCAUAUGACUGCUUCAUUCUUUUCCUUUCUGGAUCACUCACUGCUUUUCAGGGAAAAAUUCACCAUUUGAACUCCUGUGUUGGCUUUUAUAGUUUCUGUGCAGUAAUCUUUUGGAGGAUGAUUUGUAGUUUCACUGUGAUUUGUUGGACAGGAUUUCAUAAAGUCCAAGAAACAGAAGAGAGCAGAAUCUUCUUAAUUUACUGGCAUCUAAAACAAUAAAGAAAAUGGCCAUGGUUUCCCCUGUAGCUGAAAGGCAGGUAAAUGCCUUUAAAAGCUACAGUCGGUCAGGUAACCCACUUCACAAAAUGGAUCGCCAUCAGUAUAAAAAUCUGUUAAAGAAAAUGUACAUGCCUUUUGUGAGAGGACCUGAGGAUAAACAUGAUUUUGCCAGCUUCCAAGAAAAAGACAGUAAUUCUUUUCUUAAAUUCAAUCCUUAUAGCCCUCCUGUGGGGCCAGAUUACCCUUUAUUCCCACACCGAGAUGAUGUGCCUUUAGCUGACCCCUGUUCAGGAUUCAUGAGCUCAGGAGCUGAUGCUGAUUUGCAGCCCUACUGUGGCAGAGCCAUUGAGUCCUUGGUGGAUUACAGUGAUGUGAAACCUCACCAGCGGGUCCCCGUCCCAGAAAAGACUGCACAAACUGUACACAGAAGACAGGUGGCCCUGUUGGAGGAGGUGAGUCAGGACAGACGUUGGAACUCCAAGGCAGUGUCAGAUGUUUCUGUCAGGGCAAGACUUGGAGGCUGGACAAGUCCAAAGAAAGUUAUUCCUGCUCCAUCUAAACAAAAAGACUCUUUUCAAAUUCAUAGCUUUGCAUUUAAUGUGGACCCCAAAUGUAAGACAUCAAAUGACCCUCAUUCUGCAAGUUGGAGAGAAGAAAAAGCAAGGGACUAUUUCUACCUCUCAAGUACUCAAAAAGCUUAUCAAGAAGUUCCUUGGGAUAAGAUGUUACCACCCAGAGUCCCACAGCCAGAGUCAACACUAGAAAUGAUGGCUGAUCCCAUCUCCCAGUGUUUUACAAUAAAGAGAUACGAUCCUGCGCCAGAAAUAAGCCAGGUUGUUGGAGGACUCUGGGAUAGAUUUCAAACAAGAUCCUUUACUUCACCGCAAAAACCAAUUAAUUUUGUAAGCCCAAGCUCUCGAACUCAGCAUAUCCCUCUCUACACUGGCUGUAUUGGAGCAGAGAAUGUUGAAGACCUGGACAACGCCAGUGUAGAUGUAAUUACUCUUGGCAAUGUUCGAACUACAAAACCUUGCUACACAAGAACUGCUCACACUCCAAAUAUCCCUGGAUAUACUGGCAAGGUUCAUUGGACAGCAACCCACCCGGCAAAUUCUAAUCUUCCAUCAACAUCUCCAUCGAUAAUUACACAAAUGCAUGGAUACAUAGCAAAGUGUGGAUACUCCUCUCGAUUUAAUCACCACGGCCCUUUGUCUCAAAUACUUACUCCAGUUUAUCCUCAAAAUUCUUUCAACAAGGUAGAAAGAGAAACAAUUAAGGUUUAACAAAAAUGAGUCCGGCUACCAGUUUGACUGCAAGUCUCAAUGACCAAUGGUGGGAAAGAAGGAAAUGUGUCGAGUAUAUACUCCUUAAAAAUGGGACCAUAGUAAAAAAAUACAGAAGUGGGUGUCUGGUGGAUGUGCUAGUCUUUAUUAUGUGGUCUUUCUAUACUCAGUAUGUAUGACUUGCUAUUGUAUCAUUUCAGAAGUAGGAAGACUCUUCUGCUUGAAAGAUAGUUAUUGUAUUGAGUUGCAGUAUUAUUAUAGAAACUGGUGCAAUAGAACAAUUAGCCAUAAAUACUGUAUUCAAUAUGCAGUGUAGCCUGUAUAUAUAACUUUUAAAAAACAUAUUAAAAGUAGUCAUCCAGCAUACCUCUCAUCAGUAGCUCUUAAAAUUCUUUACAAGGGUGGGUA